GCCGGAAGCGGAAACGCGUUUCCUUGCGCACAAUAGAGCAUUUUCUCAGCGUUUGCAGUGGAGUUUGUUGUUCACUUUUUAUACAUAUGUAUUCGCAAUGACCUUUAUUUAGUUGAUUUUCAACUAUUGGUUAAGUUUCAUAAUGGAAAAAGAGAGGCGGCAUAAAAUGUUGGAAUCUCCGGUGCGGGACUCAAAACCGAAAAUCAAACAAGAGAAACACAGCCCUGCUAGGCCCCAGAGAUCACGGCGCUCGAGUUCGGGGUCCAACGGCAGCCCAAGCCCACCGCCUCAGAGGAGACGAACAAGCAGAUCGCCACCCAGGGCAAAAGGUCAUUCGCCAGGUAGAAGGGCGUUGGGAAGACGAGACAGAUCGCCCAAAAACACCGGCAGGAGCCGAAGCUCUCCCCGCGGUGCCGAUGUCAAAAUAAAGCGGGAGCAGGGUGACCACCGCGGUGCUGACCGAGGUGCCAAUGACCAUAGAAGGCGUGACCGCAACAACAAGCCAGAGCCCUCGGAGCCACCAGUGCGGCGAAGUAGGUGGGAGCAGGCUGACGGACCCAGAGAGUCUGACAGACCCAGGGAGAGAAAACGAGGAGAGAGAGAGCGGGGUGGAGGUGGGGACAGGCCCAGAGAGCGAGAAUCCCGCUCCUUCCAGGAGCAGCAGGCAGAGAGACAGCAGCAUGACAAUCAACGACGGGACAACCGGCACCGGUUUGAGGAGAACAAUGAUGAGCGACAAGCUUUCGGACAAGGUACCCAAGAGGGGGGCGAGGGCAAAGACAGCCCCCCAGUCGAUAAAGAGAAGCCCAACUUUGAACUGUCUGGUGCGCUCACGGAAGAUACCAACACGUUCAGGGGGGAAGUGAUCAAGUACAACGAGCCCCCCGAGGCUCGCAUCCCCAAGCGCAGGUGGCGACUGUACCCCUUCAAGAACGAUGAGCAGCUCCCGGUCAUGUACGUCCACAGGCAGAGUGCCUACCUGAUGGGGCGGCAGAGGAAGAUUGCUGAUAUCCCCAUCGACCACCCCUCCUGCUCCAAACAGCACGCUGUGUUCCAGUACAGGCUGGUGGAGUUCACGCGUUCGGAUGGAACUGGCGGGCGGCGGGUGAAGCCCUACAUCAUUGACCUAGGUUCGGGCAAUGGCACCUACCUGAACAACCAGCGCAUUGAGGCGCAGCGCUACUACGAGCUCAAGGAGAAGGACGUGCUCAAGUUUGGCUUCAGUAGCCGCGAGUACGUCCUGCUGCAUGAGUUUUCCGACACAGCUGAGGUGGACGCCAGGGCGGAGGAAGAUGACGAGGGCCUGGAUGAGUGAAUGCAAGACCUCCGAGCCUUUUCGAAUAGUUGCGACAUGCGUCCUUUCGUCCUACUUUCCUUUUUGAAGUAAUUACAGAGCUUAAUUGGUUGGAUUGUUGAAAAUAGUAGGAUUUUGCUUUGUAAAUAUGUGCUUACCUCAGGGAAACAAGGAAGGAAAUGUGCGUUCUUUCAAGUAUUCUGACAGGGCCACGGAUUAUUCCAGUCAAGUGUAUUGUUGGAAAAUAAUGUUCACUGAUGCCUACCACCUGUUGGCCAUCUCCUUAACACAGAUGGAACAAUUAACUUGAACCCAUGGCGUGUUGGGUUAAGCAGCUUUCAGGGUUAACGGAACAAAUAAAAUAAAAAAGUGGUAGGAGAUGUCUUUGUGGUCUCUAUUUGGCGGUCAUAAAAACCUGCUUUAACCUGCAGUAACAGGUCUCAGUACUCUCUAUUCUCAGGACAUUAGCUUAAGAUCAGUCGUGUGGUUGAGUCCCCCCCCCAUAUCUGACUGCUUACGUUCAACACAAGUGCUCAAUGCCAGAAAGAAGUUACUUUACAAAAAAUUAUUUUAUUAUUAUAUUUUUGGAAUAGAACAUUGAAUACAAAUUAGUAUAUUGCUGAAGGCUAGCCUAUGUCCAGACCUUAACUGUAAAUACACUGGAUGUAUUGAAUGUGAACGCUGGAUUCAUCAUAUAGUGUAUUUGAGCGUUGCAACAAGGAGUAAAGAAAGCAUACGCGUGUAUGUAUCUGCUUUAAAUGUGUGCUGCUUGUGACGUAGGAAAAAAUGUGUGUGUCGCAGUGUAUUCUCGUUUACCCAGUCUUUACCACCGAAUUGACUGUAGGCUAUGGAGGUUUCUGGAGAAAGCUCAUACCACACUGUACAGCAUGACUAUUCCAACGACAAAGACAAUUUAGUUUUUUACUUUUUUGAACACCAUUUGCAUUGUAGUUCCAUUUUAGAUAUUUUGUAUUGUACAUAAAGGUUGUGAACGACUCUUAGUUUUGUUGAUAUUUGUUCGCCAUAACCUUGAUGCUUAAUGUAUGUUCAAGUAAACCAUCGUAACCACACAGUAAGCCACAUCAAGUUUUAAACUAGAUGUAAAUUUCGCAAGCUCUACAGACUAAUGUACCCAAAAUUCUGAUAACAUGGUUAUUUCAGUUUUAUUAGCCUUGCCUGCAGUCCUAUGCCGCGCUGCUUUGGGUGAGUAAUGUUUUCUCAUUUCUGUCAUAUCGUCAGUAAUAGUAUCACAUAGACCCCUCAAACUUAACUCUGGACCUCAAAGCCAGUUACACUGCUUUAUUUUUUAAUUUUUUUUCGGGUACUAGAUUUAGACCUGGGACACCAGGUGUGUACAAUUUAAUUAUCAGGUAGAACAGAGAACCAGCAGGCUCUGGACCUCGUAGGUUAAGAGUUGAGUACCCCUGGUGGUUCUCAAAGUGUGGGCCACAGAGCUACUGCCAGAUAAAAAAUUACAUGAAUAUUGCUAACCACAGCAAAUUGAACAUAUUUUGAACAUAUUUUGGCCAAAGACUGGUAUCUGUCGAGUAAGUUUAGAGGGUGUAAUGCAAUACAAUGUAAUGUAAUAAUAAAAAAGCUAGAUGUAA